CUAAAAUAUGUUUGUGUUAAUUAUGAAUUAAAGCUGUUUUGAAUAUCAAAUAAAACUCUUAUACAAUGAAAUGUAAUAUUCGAGAGCUGUCUCUUUUAAGUGACAGACCUUGUGUUAUGGAAGGAAGACUAAAUUAUAAAAAAGUAACAGGCAAUUACCGAAAUCAGACAGUUUUCAAAGAACGGUGGUUUAGAUUAAUAAAUAAUUACUUAUUUUAUUUCAAAAUAAGUGAAAUGGGGAAAUUUGACACCAAACAGCCAGCUGGUGUAUUUGUUAUGGAAAAUUCUUCAGUACAAAUGGAACAUGGACACCAUAUUUCUUUUUCUUUCUCUAUUUCCUUUAUAGAUGAACCUGAAAAACGGCAUAUAUUUGCUGCUCGAAGUGAAGAUAAUGUGGUACAGUGGGUUUUGAAGCUAAGACAGUGUUCAUAUGAGUACUUAAGAAACCAAUUGCAUGCCCUUCAGUCUAAGAUAUACUCCAUUACUGGCAAAGACCCAUUGUUGCUGGUACCACGUAAUGAUGGUGCAUGUUUGUGGGCACCAUCUAUACCCUUUUCAACAGCUCCAGCAUGCACAGUCAACACAAGCUCAUUCAGCUGUCACCUCCAUACCAAUGGAGCUUUUACACUUGAGAGAAGCAAGUCAGAUGUUCAAGCUCACAAACACUUGAGGUCAGAAUAUCAGAACACAACUACAUUUUACACUGAUAGCAUAAGGAAGGAAGAAAACCAAAGCUAUUCAUUGGAAAAAAGUAAGACAUCAGUCUUAACAGCUAGUUUGAAUCCCAUAGAUAUAUCAAUUUUUGACAAUAGACCCUUAUAUUCAAGAGCUGCUCCUAGCCCACCUGUACGAACAAAGUUGUCACCAAACAACAAACGUGUUGAAGCAAGUAAAGACUUCAAAAUGUUUGCAGAGCAAGGAAAGACUUUAGCCCAAAGUAGCAUUUUAGAUCCUGCUCCAAUUCCUCCUAGGAGAAAAAUAUUACCUAAACAAUCUAAUACGAAUUCAGAAAGCAAUACAAAUAACAACAGUAGAGACUCCUUAGAUGUAUCAAAUGAAGAUUUAAUUAAAUUUUGAUUGUCUUUAAAGUUUACAAUGACGUUCAAAAUGAAUUCACCAGCCUAAUUUUUUUUUACUUUGAUCACCCACCAAGUAUUAUAAUUUAAUCUUCACUAACAACAAACAGUAACUUUAAUGAUAAAUAUGUACAUUUUAUGAAAUUCUAAGUGUAAAAGGUACUGCUACAUUAUUAUUCUCUUAUAGUUGUAGGUAAUAGGAUGCAUUGCUUUAAAACUACUAGUCAAGAGUAAAGUUAAUCUCAGUGACUUUUAUAUGCUUUUUGUAUGUUUAUAGUAUGGAAUGAGCAUUAGAUCUAGGAUUUGUAAAUGUAGGUUUUCAUUGGUUUUCAAUAGUUAAUUGGUGCCAAAAGUAGUUGUCAAUUGUUUUCUUUUACUACCCCACAUCACAUAUGUAUUGAGGUCUCAUGCAUGGAUGCAUCUCAUACAUAUAAAAUACAGUGUAUUUAUAAUCUAUUAUGUGUAAAUUUAUGGUUAUUAGCUCCCAUGUAAAACAGACCAAUUCGGAUAUACAUUUUCUUUUUUGCUAUUAAGCUGUGUUUAAAUGUUGCUAAUUUUAUUCACUCCCAUAUUGAGUAAUUAUUAAUACAUAUUAUAUUUAUCCUAGAGUAGUUGUGAAUAUAUUUUUUUAUU